UCAUUCCACGCAGUCAUGAGCUGGAAGUUGCAUCUGCUGGUUUUGCUGGGAGUGCUCGCCGCAACCCUUUGUCGGUCUGAAAACUGCGAGUUGGUCAUGUGGACAGAACCACCGGCGGUGCUAUCCGGCGGAUCCAUAGAAGUGUUCUGCAGGUGCAAUAGUUCCACCGUGGGAUGGCAGGAUCUCGCCAUUUCCGACUGGCAAAAUCUAACAGUCGAAACAAAUCGUGUCGACGACGUCACCAUUAAGCACAGAAAACGGAACGUCAUAAGAGACUUUACGGAUUACUUGUACUGCAGACUUCAGGAUGUCGUAGUGACCAAGAAGUAUAUGCUCAUAGUUCCAUUAAUUCGCGUGGAGGAGUUAAGAUGUCACUUUCAUCCUCUCCAAACUGAGCUAUCGUGCAAUUUCAGCGAUGCGAACUAUUUUGUUGACAACAAAAACUACUUCUUGAGCAUUAACAGAUCACCGAGCGUUUCGUGCUUAUUGAAAACCCACGGAAAUACCUUCCAUUGCCCAGGAAUACCCACAAAAAACAUAUACAAUAAGUAUAACUUAACAGUGGAUAUGGAGUACAAAGGAUACAAUCAGUCCCUACAGCUCCAACUCGGCUACAAACAAGUCCUUUUCCCGGAGUGGCCGAAAUAUAAAAUGCACAUAGUGGCCGCUAGUCGCCACAUACUAUAUCUAAUUUGGCCAAGUCCUUUCGAUCCGCCCGAUAAUGAUAACAUGGAAUGGCGAGUAUGGUACUUGCCACAAAACCCCAGGAUUGAGAAGUAUCUUAUCCAGAAAAAGAUGUAUCUAAGAUUACAUCCAUUUUAUACGUGGUACAUUUUUCAAAGUCCAUCGUUCGCACACCAGACCUAUAAAUUGCGUAUGUCACGUCGAUAUCCCUUUUGGGAGUCACCCUGGUCGCCCGAGAUCGAGACUGCAGAGUUCGUAACGGAGGCCAGGACACCGGAUCGACCUCCAAAGUUUCUACCAAACGGAUUCUUUCACCAGCCGGAAAAUGGAAAUCUGUAUGUGUAUUGGCUUCACCUGGACGAACUAGAGUUCAACGGACCGAACUUUACGUAUUACGUUUCAGCUGACAAAGAAAAGACAGCUACCAUCUUGAGCAACAACUCCGCUUUGUUCCGGGAUUGGGAUGCCACCAAGCCGGCCACAGUAGCCAUUUGGAGCGAAAACUCCAAGGGAAGAUCAGAAUUCAACCGCGAACUGAAAGUGCCGAUGUUAACCAAUUCUUUACGACACCAAGCCAGGAAUUUGUGGUACCACCUGGAUAAUCAGAGCAUCACAUGGCAGCCACCAAUGGAACAGGCUGACCUCGUUGGAUACACAGUCUCCUGGUGUCCCGUUACCGUCAAUAGUUUGCCCAUCUGCGAUGACCACGAGCUCAUCCAGUUCAAAGUGCUGAACGCUUCUGAGCUUAGGUUUCAGUUCAAAGGAUCCAUGGUGCUGCCAAAUAUUGCUGUGACUGCAAACUAUAUGAAUCAUACUGGCGGUGGAAUGCAAUGGCACAGUCGCAGGUGGAUGAGUCGCCAGGAUUACGAAAAAGUAUCAAGCAUAUCAUUGUAUCUUGCUUUCGCGGUCAUCGUGGUUUUGAUUGCACCAGUAUAUGUUCUUAUUCGGAAGCUACGACAUAUGGCACAAAUCGAUGUAGACGUGCCUGAUAUCUUGUUCAAGUCCAUGGAUCCGAAUAAGGAGUGCGAUGGUAGGAAGAGAAGCUCCUUUGUGCAGACUGCCGUUCCCGGAAACUUCUCGCCCAAAGCUGUGAUGAACAUUCCUACACUUCCUACGGAUUCUAAUGAGAUAAUAUAUUCUCAAAGCGAUGCUAACUCAUACGUAUGCAUGAAUCAAAAGUUAAGCACAACAACAAUUGGAUCCUAAACUCAAAACAAGUGAAAUUUUUAAAACCUAUACUCAUUCUAUCUGCUUUUCGAAAAAUACCCGGUAUUUUUAGUGAUCACAACUUUAUUGAUUCACCGAAUUUGUUGUUUAAUUUAAAAAACCCUAAUUCACUUUUAUUUUGUACAAUUAUUAUUCGUGUUUGUAGAAAAUACAAAAUAUCAAAGGGCUCGAGCACGUUGACACGGAGAAAUGGGUUAAAAACGAAUCCAAAGAACUUAUUGCACAUGUGUGUGUUGUGUUCGCGUGAGUGUAUAAAUAAAUAACGUAAUGUAUCGAGGAUUUCCAUAGCAGAAGAAGAUGGUUUGCGCAGCUCCUUCACUUCUACGUAACUAGGGUAUUAUUUCGAUUAAGGUUUCUCGGCUGGUUUCCAGGGUAUUCCCCACAUUCACAGCUUCCGUAUGCUGCGGUCUGCCGCCGCUGAAUUGAGUUUAGUUCUGUGAAAAUAAGAGAAUAACGAGCGUUAGAUUUAUAUAGACAAAAGCAAUCAGUGGUAAACAAUUGGAAAACAAGCUUCAAACAGUGUUAGGCCGAAUCUGAACGAAUUAACUGGACAAUCCUCAGCGGGAAUUGCAUUAGUAUGGAUCGUAGUGCGAUCAAAAUCGAACGAGAGUGUUAAUUUAGUACACAACACAGUGGAGCAGAACAAGGAACUUCAUGCGAAUGCGUUGCCAGCUUACCCCGAUUUUCCAGCUGCCAAAGGGUCAACUGGAAAAUGCGCGAACCACUCAAAACUGCAGCAGAACGGAUCUAGAACCCUGGAGUUUUUCUAUUUUUUGUUUGAUCAAUUCGAAGGAGGAUGGUGUAUGUUCUUUUGAAAUAUAUAUAUAUGGCGUCAGAAUGAACUCGCACAUCGCUUGGGGAGCACUUAAGAAUGGUAUUUAACUGGCUUUAAAGAUGCUGUGAUGUGGCUGAGACCUUUCUACUCCUCACUGGCCAUCCUGUGUCCAUGUGGUGGGUUGGUCGGUGAUAUUUGGUUGUAUUUGGUGUGGUGUGCGAUGAGAAAAAGAGCUCGAAUUAGUGCCCA